UUCUCUCUUCUCAUUCGACCGAACGACCUUCUCUUCCUAAUCGUGCUCUCUGGGAACAAACUGCCAAAUAAAUGGUUGUCAAGAGAAGCAAAAAGGAAUCAGCCGGAUAGCUCAAAUUUUAGACCCUUCUAUCUACAUUCGAGAAGCUAGGUUUCUAAUAGUCAGGAGCAAUUAAUACAUCUAGUGAUCGAUGAUGCUGUGGACAGUGUAUCUGGAGGGUGGGCCGAGGCGGGUGAACCACGCCGCCGUGCCCAUCGGCUACAUGAUCUUCUCCUUCGGCGGCUACUGCACGGGGGAGAACUACCGAUUGAUGCGACCCAUCGACGUGCACGCCCUGAACACGAACACCUACCGAUGGACCGCGGUGCCCAUACAGAACACGGCAAUGGCGCCGUUCCAGCGGUACGGACACACGGUGGUCUCCUUCGAGGGCAAAGUGUACCUCUGGGGCGGCAGGAACGACCUCAGGGCCUGCAAUACCCUUUUCUGCUUCAACCCUGCUACUCGUCAAUGGUCGACGCCGCCUGUGACCGGACAGGUUCCGGACGCUCGGGACGGCCACUCUGCCUGCAUUUUGGACGACUGCAUGUACAUUUACGGAGGGUUCGAGGAGGAAUAUGACAAGUUCACGCAGGAUGUCUACUGCCUGGACCUGAGGAAAAUGUGCUGGAGAUUUGUUAGAACGACUGGCAAUCCUCCUUCGUAUCGAGACUUCCACACUGCAGCAGCCAUCGGCCCCAACAUGUACAUAUUCGGCGGGCGAGGCGACGCCAGUGGACAGUACCACAGCCAAACAGAAAUUUACUGCAACCAAAUCAUAUAUUUGGACACAAGAACGGAAAAAUGGCACAGCUCAGUGCCGAAAAACACACCUCCGAUCGGCAGACGAAGCCACUCAAUGUUCGUUUACAAAGAAAAACUGCACAUGUUUGGCGGCUACAAUGGCAACUUCAACCAACACUUCAAUGAUCUCUGGAGCUACGAUCCCGUGAGCCUCACCUGGCAGCUGCUGGACCCCAAAGGGCAGAGGCCGCCGUGUCCGCGCAGGAGACAGUCUUGCUGUUUGCUUGGCGACCGAGUCUUCUUGUUCGGCGGCACGAGUCCUUUACCUGAUGAAGAUUCCACUGAUGAAGAGGUUUUAGCCCACUAUUCAGUGCCACUGCAGGAUCACAAUGACCUCUUCGUUUUGGAUUUUGCGCCUACUUUGAAAACACUCUGCUUUGCUACGAUUUUGAAGCACAAUAUUGACUGCAAAAACGUUCCUGCGGUUCUCAUACGAGAACUGAUCAUGAUGACUUUACCCAACAACAUCUCACACAUCACCCGUCCGGAUCCAAGAGGUUGAGAUUAUUUUUUUUUGUUUCCUACUUUACAGACUUUGGCUAGAUUUAAGGGAUACUUAAGUAUGUUCAUUAUGAAGCAAGCACAAAUUAGGUGUCUGGGGUGCAAUUUGCAAUAUUGCAACCUUCUCUCUCAAAAGUGAUAAUGAUUAUUGAACAAAAUAACAUUAAAACACGAUUUGUUUCUUCUCAAAACACGUUCAAUAAAAAAAUAUUCGUCUGUUA